UCUCAAACAAUAGAAUUAAAUGCAUAUAAAUUAUUUUAUUACAUACCAAUUCAUUCUUGCAAAAUUAAUGUAUAUGUGUAUCAAAAUAUUUUAAACAUACAUAAAUUUAAUGGAUAAGCAAUGUACAUUCUGUUGAGGCAGGGUCGUGAAUUUUGGUACCCGGAUAUGGCUAAGCAAUAUACGAAAACAAACUUAAGAGAACGUAUGCAUGUGUGUUUUUCAGAAGCUCUCCGUUAACUCUUAUAAAAUAUACAAACAAACAUCAAUGCAUGUGCGGUUGUAUAGAAAUGAAUACAUACAUACUAUUUGUAUUGCAGCGCUGUUUAAUUCGAGGAAUGAAAUGCGAUUGCGUGAGUUACGCAGAGUAUCGUACUUGUUGUCAACUCUAAUUUAGUCUCCGUAUGGCGGUUAUGAAAAGAGGUCCUUUAAGUGAAACAGCCUGCUCAAAAGAAGUAAAAAUUUGAAUUUGUGCAGUUCGGUGUACGCAUAUCUAUAUACAAACGUACAUAUAUACGGAUUCAUUUGUAUAUGCAUGUGAUAUAAGGUGGAUAUAAGAUAUCAGAGGCUAUAAACAUGUUUCAUAUACACACACGUCGUACUCGUAAAUAAUCAGUUCGUCGUGAAUAAUAUAAAUGCUAAAAUGAUGGAAUCGGAAAAAUGGCAUAUACAGAUCUAUUUAUUUUUGCUAUUAAUAACUUCAGCCUAUUCAAAUGUGGGAAAAAUGACAUCGUCUCAAAACCACUUUGGGAGUAGUCUUCAAAGUCAGUUUAAUACUAAAAACAAUACUCGGGUCAUCGCCCAGAAGGGAGGACUUGCUAUUUUACCAUGUGUCGUUAAAGUCAAUUCUCCGGCCACGGUUUCUUGGAUUCGAAGAAAAGAUUUUCAAUUGCUUACUGUGGGCUUAUCAACUCACAGUAGCGACAAAAGAUUUUUAGUAGAGCACACACGUCACAUGGGACAUUGGUCGCUAAGGAUUAAAGCUGUUAAGGAAGAGGACCGAGGAUUCUAUGAGUGUCAACUGUCAAUUUACCCAACGCAAUCAAUUUUUAUAGAACUAAAAAUUGUUGAAGCUGUAGCUGAAAUAUCAAACGCAUCCGAUAUUCUUAUUGACGAAACUUCUACGCUUCAACUGCAAUGUAAACUUAAGGGGGCCACGGAAAAUCCAGCAUUUGUCUUUUGGUAUCAUGAGAAUAAAAUGGUUAACUAUGAUGCGCAAGGAGGUUUCGUUGUCACGUCGAUUACUGAAAAUGCGAUCCCUGGUCUCGAAAACGGCCAACAUUUACAGACGAAACCAAAUGGCACUAAAAAUAAAACACAUCGCAGCGCAAUGGAAUCAAAUGGCGAUAGCGCUAUCGUAUCUACUGCAGGUCCAUAUAUUUCUACUUCACCAAUUAGUCCAUUUUCAACAUUACAAGUACAACCACAUAAGUCACCAUAUCUUCCAAAUUCUUCAAUGAGCGUGCUAACCAUCAAAACGGUAACAUUUCAUCAUGCUGGAAAUUAUACAUGUGCACCGUCAAAUGCUAGGCCGGCCAGCAUUACGGUCCAUGUACUGAGAGGAGAAAAACCAGCAGCCAUGCAACAUGCGAAUCGCAGCAUUCUUGACGGAGAGAAUAAUUCCAACAUCAGUUUAGGCCUAAACAGUAUUAAAGGAUUCAAUGGAACCAAUAGUUUACUGGUCACAGGGCCCUCACUACUAUUAUCCGUUCUCUGUUUGCUAGCGAAUCUGCCUUCUGCAUCCCAUUUACAAAAGCAGACACCAAUGAUAUUCUUCGUAUAUGUAUUAUGUACUUUUAAUAGCUGAAAUUUUGAUUAGACUAAAUAACAAGAAUUAUAGAGUAAUUUAAAUCAAUUGGCUUCGGCAAUUGGAAUUAAGGAAUUGUAUAUAAAUAAUACCACACAUUUAAAGAUACUCAUGAAUGCGGUACAUACGAAUACAUUAGUAUCACGAUACCAAUAUUAAGAUGUUUAAGUUAAAAUUGUAAAAAGGACUUGACUAUAUGAUAUGAUUAUAUGAUAAAUUAAUGAAAGCUGUCUUCGGCAUACCAAAAACUGAUAUAACGAUGUAGACUUAUUAAAAAGUUGUUCCUACGGUAGCUAUAUGGUAGUUUUGUCGAUCGUUCGAUCUACGCAUUUCCAUUUAAAAUGACAGCUAUCGGGGUUCAGUUAAGGUCUCAGUAUAUAAACUGUGAUAUAAUUUGAUGUAGAAUUAAUAAAAAAAUUGUCAUUUAAAUCAAAAAUAUUUACCCUUAAAACGUCACAUUUAUGCUGACUGCCGAUAAACAUAUUUAGAUGAAAUACUCACUUUCCAUCAACCUACAACCUUAAGAACUAUAUUAAAUAAUGUCACAUUUCUAAAUAGUUUCAUUAAAUUUGUCCAAGCAUUAUCACGUGGGUCGUAUUACAAUAUCCAAACACUUAUUCCAAUUAGCAUAAAAAUAAAGUAUUUAAAGGGCAAUUAAAAAAAAAAACAUUAAAAAUAAUUAUUUUUUGAUAAAACUCAAAUUAUAACAAAGUUUAUAAAAUGUUUUUAAAUAAAAGAGUCAUACAACUAUUGUUAUUGCUUAAAGAAGUUGGAAAAUAUAUCAUUAGCUAAGCCGAUUUUAAUCUCAAUAAUUUAUAUUAUUAUCUAAUACUUUCAACUUAUUAAUAUGAUUACUCGCUGUUUAUUAUUUGAAAGACAGAUUGAUGUAUAUGGGUAUUUUUUUAUGAUUCUGAAGAAACUGUGCAUCUCUGAUCUCAUAGAAUGCGUAAAUUUUCAAUCAUCAUUAAGUCCCUUAUUAAGUUUCCAGCUUAAGUAUGUGCAUAUUACCCGAUUAUAAAAACAAUGUUUUAAAUAUUUUUUUAUUAAAAUGCACCAUUCUUUAUAUCUAAGUUUAAUACCUUCGGCAAAAAAAUUCAAAAAAUAUAUUGUCAAGUUGUCUAAGUUUUUGAAUGGAAUUGAUAAGUAUUUUUUAUAGAUUACAGAGUACAACACCAAUUUAUGAAUUGCAACUAGAGCAAUAGGAAAAUUUUAGCGCACUAAUGAUUUCUAUGUAUGUAUGUUUUUAAUGAACACAUUGUAAUUUUAUAUAUUCUUAUUUCCUUUCAAAAUAUGGUCAAUUAAAUUUAUGUAAAAUUCAAUUUCCUUUAUUUAAUUUGUUCAUCAAAUUAUACAAAUUAUGCCUAAUAAAAAGAAAAAUUAUAGUAUAAGGAGUACUGGAAGGUUAGAAUGAGAUAUGUGAAUGUGUAUGUCUAACUUAUUUACUAGUUGUGGUAUCUAAAGGCCAAUUUAAAAAACAUUAAAGAACUUCUUAAAUCACUUCAGUUCAAAGGAAAAACGUGGAUAGUAAUUCAUUUUCAUUAUUAAAAUUGAAACUGUCAUUCAAGAGAAUAAUUUAACGAUUUAAUGGCGACUAGUUAAGUCGUAUCAGCUGUUUUAAUUCCAUAAGAAAACUUCUCAAAUAAUUUAAUCAGGAACGGUCGAAUUCGAUAACUGUUUCAUAUAGCUGCAAUGGGGACAUAAAUGUUAUAACGGAAAUAUUAAUUGGACGAAAAAUUAUCUGUAAGGAUUGGCUCCCCAAUGAUAACCAUUCUGAAUUGUUAAAAUUUUAUAUAAGAUAAAUAUGUAUGUAAAAGGCAAAGCACAACUUUGAAAAUUCAUUGUCUUUAACAUUGUAAAACAAUUAAUGUAAAUAAAUGGUCUGUUAAUAAUAUAAGAAAAUGGUAAGAACAAGUUUUACAAUUUCAAAAUGCGUUGUAAACUAAGCAUGAAAUACUCACUUUAGUCUUUAAUUUGUAAAUAAAGUACAUCUCCCUUAUAUGAAUGUAUGCAUUUACUAUACUAUUGUGAUUACGUUCUGUUUAUUGUAACAUAAACGCAUCCGUAAUAAACUAUAAAUUUU